CCGUGCUCUGCCCGGUGCCUCGCUGAGCUGUCAUCUCAUCUCUAUUCCAGUGUCCCCUCCAUCAACCUGAGCGGCUGCAAGUACGAGAGUGGUGAGUCAGAGGGGUCCCUGCAGCCUUCCAGCCCACACCCGCAGGCUCUCCAGGUGCUGGCACCCAGUUCCCACUGGUUUUACUGCUGCCAGUGACUGGGACUGGACCCCGGUGUUAAUGGGGAGUUUGUCACACUUCGGAUUGAGAUUUCUCCUGAUUUAAAAUGUGCAACAGCAGCAUGACCCCUCAACAUCCCCCACACUUGAGCUGGCCAGCUGUCUGCUAAAAUGGGCAAGAAGGGUUCCAUCAGCUACAGGGCAAGGGAGCACCUGGGCUUGAAGACAGGACCUGAGGGUUGUCACCUGUUUAAGGAAAAGCUGGUGGUGGGCAGGCAGGAUCUGUACCUGGAACUGUCCCUGUGCUGUUCAUCCCUGGUGACUCCAGGGAGCUGGUCCACUCUCCCCUCCCACUCUUCUUUCCUUCCACAAGCUGGGUCUUGAAAAAACAAACUCCUGGCUCUUAAUCUAAUUUGCUGAGGGAUCUUGGAAAGUGUGGAUCCCCAUCACCUCCCCAGCCCUGCCAAAUUCAUACGUGGCACUAGCAUGAACCAUCCCAGCAGAGACCUUUUCCCGCUGAGCUGUGUUCUGCUGCUGAAAGACCUUUUAUUUGGGAGAUUAAACUCACACCUUUGCAACACUUGUCUCUCUGCCUGUGAGGUGUAAGACCCAUGGGAAGUUCAGCUCUGCUCUUGAGGGGCCCUGGCAUCUCAAGACAGGUGGGGUUAGAGGGUUAAAAGCUCCCAGAACACUUACAGCCAGAGGCUUGGGGGGUUGUCCAGAUUAAACUGGUGUUCUGACACCUUCCAAGGGGUCAUGCCAGUACCUUACACCUCUGAGAGGGGAGCUGCAGCCCGGGGAGCUGCAUGCUCCAUCCCCGGUUAUUCUGGGGGGUGUCAGCCCCUGUAUGUGGCUCCUCAGGCAGAGAUUUGUUUCACAUUCCAUCCCUGGUUGUUCUGGGGGUUUAUCAGUCCCUGCACAUGGCUCCCCUGCCUGGCCCCUGUCACUGCUUGCCUUGGCACAGUGCGGCGGGCGGCGCAGCACUGCGGGCUGAAGGAGGCGGGAGAAAACGAGGAGUGGACGGUGUACUGGACGGACACCUCGGUCAGUUUGGAGCGCCUCAUGGAAAUGAAGCGCUUCCAGAAAAUCAACCACUUCCCAGGCAUGAUCGAGCUGUGCCGCAAGGACCUGCUGGCUCGCAACCUGAACCGCAUGCUCCGGCUCUUCCCCAAGGAGUACAACAUCUUCCCCCGCACGUGGUGCCUGCCAGCCGACUAUGGAGAUUUCCAUACCUACAGUUCCACGAAGAAAGCAAGAACAUUCAUCUGCAAGCCCGACAACAGCUGCCAGGGAAAAGGGAUCUUCAUCACCCACCACCCGGAGGAGAUCAAGCACGGGGAACGCAUGAUCUGUCAGCAGUACAUCUCUGAGCCCUUCCUCAUCGAUGGCUUCAAGUUUGACAUGCGCAUCUACGUUCUGGUCACAUCCUGUGACCCACUGAGGAUUUUUCUCUACAAGGAGGGCCUGGCCCGGUUUGCCACCAUGAGGUACAUCGAUCGCAGCACGAAAAACCUGAAUGACAUCUGCAUGCACCUGACCAAUUAUGCAAUCAACAAACACAACGAGAACUUCGUCACGGACGACACGGUGGGCAGCAAGAGGAAGCUGUCCACCCUGAAUGCCUGGAUGGCAGAGCACAGCUAUGACACAUCAAAACUCUGGGCAGAUAUUGAUGACAUUGUUAUAAAGACGCUGAUUUCAGCCCACCCUGUGCUGAAACACAAUUACCAGAGCUGCUUCUCCAACCACCCUACUGGCUGUGCAUGCUUUGAAAUCCUGGGCUUUGACAUUUUGCUGGAUAGAAGGCUGAAGCCAUGGCUGCUGGAGGUGAACCACUCUCCCAGCUUCAGCACGGAUUCUCAGCUGGACCGCGAGGUGAAGGACGCCCUUCUGUGUGACACCUUCAACCUGAUCAACCUGCACGCCUGCGACAGAAAGAAGGUGCUGGAGGAAGACAAGCGGCGAGUAAAGGAACGGCUCCUUCAGGCCAACCAGACUGUCCGUGAGUCCAGGCGCAGGGAGCAGGAGAGCAGCCAGGCUGCCUGGCUGGCACAGGCUGAGAGCUACGAGAACACGCACCUGGGGGGGUUCCGACGCAUCUACCCAGCACCUGGGACGGAGAAGUACGAGCCAUUCUUCCAGCAGAGCAGGUCCCUCUUCCAGGAAACAGCAUCAUCCAAGGCACGAGAAGAGUACGCCAGGCAGUACCUGGAGGAGAUGCGCCAGAAAAACGAAAAGCUGAAAGCUGCCACCAGGAAGAAAACAGAGAGGACCCAGAAUAAAAGCUCAGCUCCUACAAUCCACCUAGCUCACAGAAGCACCAAGUCAUGGGAUAGAAAGCGCAUACAGUACAACUCCAUGCAGCCCCAGGACAUCGUGGAACAUGAAGAGAGGAGGAGAGUGAAUUCUCUGCUGCGGCGUGAGAGGCUGAUCCAGAAGCUGGGCAUCAUUGAUCAGCUUUCCCGGCUGCUCCCCACAGCUGACACCCAGGAAUCCUGUGCCCUCCAGAGCCAGCUGCAGUUUCCCUGGGAUGUCGUCGAGGACCAAAACACCAGCGAUGUAAUGAUGCUUAUCUCCCUCCUGGGAGUCCCACCCCGGGACAUCCCUAGAGCCCAGGCCAGGCCACGGCCCAUCCCAGGCCCAGAUCCCAACGACGUGAAGACCCUCUGCGUUCAGGGCCGGAGUGUCCUGUACCACGCACGGAACGAGGGCCCGCGAGCGCUGGGCGGGGGCUGGCUGCACGGCCAGGCCGCAGGGGCAGCGGUCACCCAGCCCUGUGUCCACCCUAAGUGGCAGCAGCAGAGAGAGCUGCAGUUCCCUGCCUCUGGAACCCAGGCUGAAGGCUGGGAUGCUGGUAGCCUGUCAUCCUCCGAUGGAGGCAGCUGUCCCCCAGUUUCUCCAGCCAGCCCUGGACAGGCCACAGGUGAUGCCAUCUCCAGCCAUCCGCAUCGUCCCGUCGCCACUGCCGUUCAGGUGGAGCACACACACGCCUCAGCCCAUGGCAGAGCCUCGCCAUGCCACUGUGUCACAUCACGCCAGCACCUUGACCCAUGCCAGUGCCUCGCACCUUCACAGCAUGAAAAGCACAGGGCGCGGCGGCGGCGGACGGCGGCGCGGAUGGAGCGGCUGCGGCGGGAGCUGGGCGGGGGGCGCGGAGCCCCCGAGCGCGCCCUGACCUGGCAGGCGAUGGAGCAGCUGCGGUUCCUGCGGCGGGAGCUGCCCGAGGAGUGGCCACUGGAGCGCCUGGCCCAGGGGUUUGGUGUCAGCACGGACGUGGUGCGGCGGGUGCUGCGGAGCCGCGGCUGCCCCUCGCCGCGCCGCCGCCUGCGGCAGGACCAGCGGGCGCUGAGCGCCGCCGCCACCGCAGCGCCGCCGGCACGGGGAGCGGGGAGCGGCCGCGAGGUGCGCGCCCCCGACGGGACGCUGCUGUACCGGCUGCCGCGGGGCUGGGGCGGGCCGGGGCCCGGCGCGCAAUAAACGGAGUUGGGACCC